AUGGCUGCCAGUGAGGAGAUACUCGCUUUGAGGGCUGAAGUUGCUCAACGUGAGGAGGAGCUGAGUUCGCUGAAACAGAGACUGGCGGCGGCCCUUUUGAAGGAGCAGGAAUCUGUGCCAGAACGGCUGGUUCCGGUGUCGCCGCUUCCGCCGAAGGCUGCUCUCUCCCGAGAUGAGAUUCUGCGCUACAGCCGGCAGCUCGUGCUGCCUGAACUGGGCGUGCAUGGCCAGCUACGCCUGGCCACCGCUUCAGUGCUGGUCGUGGGCUGUGGCGGGCUCGGCUGCCCGCUGGCGCAGUACCUGGCAGCGGCCGGCGUUGGUCGCAUUGGCUUGGUGGACUACGACGUAGUAGAGAUGAGCAAUCUGGCCCGUCAAGUGCUGCAUGGGGAGGCACUGGCCGGCCAUGCCAAGGUCUUCUCGGCUGCCGCGUCGCUGCGCCGCCUCAAUUCAGCCGUGGAGUGCGUGCCCUACGCACAGGCCCUAACGCCAGCCACGGCGUUAGACUUGGUCCGCCGCUAUGACGUGAUAGCCGAUUGCUCGGACAACGCGCCGACUCGCUACCUGGUUAACGACGCGUGUGUGUUGGCGGGCCGGCCUCUCGUGUCGGCCAGCGCCUUGCGCUUCGAGGGCCAAAUUACAGUAUACCACUAUGAGGGCGGGCCUUGCUAUCGCUGUGUCUUUCCCCAGCCACCCCCGGCGGAGACGGUGACCAACUGCGCGGAUGGCGGGGUGCUCGGGGUCGUAACCGGGGUGCUGGGUUGCCUGCAGGCGCUGGAAGUACUGAAGAUAGCGGCGGGUCUGGGCCCCUCGUACAGUGGCAGCCUGUUGCUCUUCGAUGCCCUCCGAGGAGGGUUCCGCUGUAUUCGGCUGCGGAAGCGCCGGGCCGACUGUGCAGCUUGUGGGGAGCAGCCCACGGUAACGCACCUGCAGGAUUACGAAGCCUUCUGUGGCUCCUCGGCCACCGACAAGUGUCGCUCCCUACAGUUGCUGAGCCCAAAGGAGCGGGUCUCUGUCACCGACUAUCGCCGACUUCUGGAUUCUGGGGCACCCCACUUGUUGCUGGAUGUUAGGCCUCAAGUGGAGGUGGACAUCUGUAGUCUGCCUCAUGCCCUUCACAUCCCCCUGAAACAGUUGGAACAGAGGAAUGCUGAGAGUCUGAAGCUCUUAGGAGAAGCCAUCCGGGAAGGGAAGCAGGGCGCUGAGACAGGGGCAGCGCUCCCCAUUUAUGUGAUUUGCAAACUGGGCAAUGACUCCCAGAAAGCUGUGAAGAUCUUGCAGUCCUUUAUGGCAGCCCAAGACUUGGAAGCAUUAACAGUUCAGGAUGUUGUGGGGGGCCUCAUGGCGUGGGCUGCCAAAAUUGAUGAGACAUUUCCGCAAUACUGA